CCUGGGCGGAUUACGGAUGCGCUUGGCUGUGUUCUAGCUGGAUAACGCUGAAUAUGGACGUAGCGUUAGUGGUGAAAUGAAACCGGUGAUGCGAAGAAGUGUGCAAGUCGACGGUGGUGCACGAAAAGGAGGAUGGCAAGUGUUCUUCCCGCCGGCUGCCGUCGAUCACGAAAGAGGUUACUCGAUUUGGACUGCCCCGCAAAAAUUAAGUUGGACUGCGAAUAGCACAGUACGAAGCUGGGAUCAGGGUCCGAGACGAGUGGUGGUAUGGAUUGGAGACCAGGAUUACGGAUCCGGAUGAAUAAUGUGUGCGUCUAAUGUCAAAGUCAAAAAUAAAAAGAGAUCUGGCAGACAGCUUUGUAAAAAGUGGAUAUACAUGCACGAACUCUCUCAUGGCCAAGAAAUUGGCAUCCAGAAAAGUGC